GAUUGUGAGACGUGUGACAGCAACUAUGAGAAGAAGUGCACUGUCUGCAAAAACAACAAGUACUCAGUUGAUGGUGUCUGUGUUGAUUGUGAUGGUGCGUGUGAAAAUUGCGAUGGUGUGACUGGAAACUGCAAGUCGUGCAGUGAGAACAGUGUUGUCCAGUCUGGCAGCACCACACAAUGUGAGACUUGCAGCACCUUCGACUUGCUGUGUGUGACUUGUGCAAGCGAUGCAACACGCAACUGCGUCAAAUGCACAACAAACAAUUACCCCGUUCUCCAACUGAAUGGCGAGAAAAGAUGCCAACAAUGCAACACAACAUGCAAUGGAAACUGUUACACAGACACUGGAUAUUGCAAGAGCUGCUUGUCAAACUACGUCUUUGUCAGUGCAACAAGUCUUGUCUGUGAGAGUUGCAAAUCAUUUGAUCAGCACUGCACAACUUGCUCGCCAACAUAUGAGAGAAGGUGUGUUACAUGCGACACAGGGUAUUACCCUGGUAGCAAUGGUACUUGUGUUUUGUGUGACUCCACGUGUGCAAACAGUUGUGAUGGAAGCACUGGAUACUGCCUGUCGUGUGUAACUGGGUUUGUGUUGUCUGCAUCACCAUCACAGCGCUGCAUCACAUGCGAACAGUUUGACACGUAUUGUGCUGAGUGUCCGGGUGGUGCCGAGAGGAAGUGCAGUGUCUGCAAGGCGGGGUAUUACCCGAAGACAUCUGGCGACUACAAGUGCCAGAGCUGUGAUGCAACAUGUGGCGGUAAGUGCGACACAACAACUGGAGUGUGUGCUGGGUGCACAAGUGGGUAUGUGCCAACAUUACCAAUCACAAACAAAUGUGUCACGUGCAACACUUUUGACACAAACUGUUCAAAAUGUGUUGGUGAUAAGAGAGAGUGUGCAAUGUGUGACAAUGGGAUGUAUCCAAACACUGUAAGUCAUAUAUGUGUUGAUUGUGAUGCAAGUUGUAAUGGGCAGUGCAACACAUCAACUGGUGUCUGCACAGGCUGUACAACAAACAACGUCUUCACUGAUCCACCAGGCAAAGUGUGUGUUGCGUGCAAUUCAUUUGACACAAACUGCAUCACCUGUUCGCCAGACUUUUCAAGAAAGUGCAAAGUGUGUGCAAUUGGGUUCUAUCCCGACGAAACAUCUGGCAAAUGUGUUGCGUGUUCCACAAUACCAAAUUGCAACGCAUGUUCGUCUGAUGCAAAGAAGUGUUUGACGUGCAAAGAUCCGUUUAUUCAGAAGAGUGGUGGUUGUGAAAGCUGUCCGAUUGGUGAAUACAAGUUCAGCGAAACUACGUGUUCAAAGUGUUACAACACAAUCGACAAUUGCAACACAUGUGAUACAAUCGCUGUUGGCAAAGCAAGAUGUAAUGUGUGCAUUUCCCCUUACGUUUUGAAUGGCGCAAAAUGUGAAUUGUGCCAACCGAAUGAAUACUUUGACAACACAACAGGCACCCCAAGUUGUGUUAAGAACAAUAUUAACUGUGACAUUUUACAAAACAAAGAAAGCUGUCUGGACUGCAGUGACACUUUCUUUGUUUCCAACUCAAAAUGUGUAUCAUCUGGUGGUUGUGAAUCACCGACUUUAACUUCGUGUGACUGUUCAGACCAAAUAUCAAUCAACUCAAAAUGUACAGCUAAAAUAAAUGGCUGUAAAUACCAGAAAUCAGAGAAUGGUGUCCCGACGUGUAUUACAUGUGUUGAUAAUUUUAUUCUGAACAAUAAUGGUGUGUGUGAACAACAGAGUGUGUAUGGGUUGGUGAGAAACGGUGUUGUUUUUGGUUGCAAAGCAGGAACGUAUUUGACAAAUCAAAACACGUGUGACAGCUGUGGUGGAUCAAAUGCAGUUUGUUCAACUCAAAACAAGUAUUUGACAUGUGGUGAUCUUGCAAUACUUGAUGUACAACAGAUGGCGUGCACCACCGAUACACAAUGCAAUUCAGUUGUCGAUGGGCUGUGUGUCCAAUGCAAAGAAAAUGAUAUGGAAAUUAGCAAAGGAAAGUGUUCGAAAUGCGAGACUGAAAACUGUGAUAUCUGUGUUGGAGGAACGUGUCAAAUAUGCAAAGUGAAUUACUUGAUGUACAGCACCAAUCGGUGUGUUAACAAGGAACAAGUCAACUGUAAACGCACAAGCCAGAGUGGGUGUGCGCAGUGUGAGGCUGGGUAUUACCAAAUUGACACAAAGAACAUUGAAGGCAAGUACGACUUCUGCACAAAAGCGGAUGUUGAGUUGCACUGCAAAUACUACUCACUCAACACAACAAAAUGCAUUGAGUGCCAAGACGCAUUCAACAUGAAAGAUGGUGUGUGUGCUGAACAAUUUGACGAUCUCAAUAAAGUCAAUGAAACAAAGAUGUCAGUGUAUAACAUGAAAAGUGCACUAAAAGAACAAGAAGAAGUCGACUGUUUGACACGAAACAACAAAGGAUGUCAGCGAUGUCCAAAUGGGUAUUACCUGAACAAAAACAGUUGUGAGAAGUGUGUGAAUGACUGUCUGAGUUGCUACAAUGCAACAUAUUGCACCACAUGUAACAGUGGAUACUUCCUUGACUUGUCUAUGAAAUGCCAGACACUUGGUGAAUUGGCGAAAAGGUGUGAAGUGACACUACCCGCUGGUGGAGGGUGUGCUAUUUGCAAAGUUGGGUAUUACAAAGUCGAGAAAGACUGUGAUGCGUGUGAUGAGUCGUGUGAUAUGUGUUUGAAGAAAGACGAGUGUUUGUCAUGUAAAGAUGGGUACUUCACAUCAAAACACAAAAUGAAGAUUCAAUUUAGUGUAUUAGAAGGGUGUGACUAUUACGAAAUACGAACGGUUCCUUCGCUUGUUACUUUAAAAAGAGGGGAUGCUUGUGAAUUUGAGAUAUUCAUCAAGCCGUUGUGUUCAUGCUAUUUAGAAGAAGACAUUAUGGUCAUUGCACUUGACAUAGAAACUGGUGUACAGUACAACGAAAAGAUCCAAAUCGAAGUUUUGACUGAAAACUCCACAAAAUUGAAUUACAAAGAACUCAACGAAGAAAAGAAAAUAGGUGAAGGCUCUUUUGGUAUAGUUUACAAAGGAAAAUACAGAGGAAAUACAGUGGCAAUUAAGAGAAUGAAAGAGUCGACUGGAGAAAACAAUGAUAUGACUGAGUUUACAAAAGAAGUAACAAUGUUGGACAAAUUUAGAAGUGAUUACAUUGUUCAUUUUUAUGGCGCUGUAUUUAUUCCCAACAAAGUGUGUAUGGUCACUGAAUUUGCACAAUUUGGGUCUUUACAGGAUUUGAUGAAGAACAAAAAGACGAGUGAAAUAUCAAAUAAGUUGCGGGUAAAAAUUGGUAUAGAUGCAGCAAAGGGUAUUUUAUAUUUACAUGAAAAUGGCAUAUUACACAGAGACAUCAAACCAGACAACAUUUUGGUGGUUUCUUUGGAAGUAAACGUUACUAUUAAUGGAAAGUUGACUGAUUUCGGGUCAUCUAGAAACGUCAAUCUGUUGACAACUAAUAUGACAUUCACUAGGGGUAUAGGUACACCAGUUUACAUGGCUCCUGAAGUGUUGGGCCAACAAAAGUACAAAAAAUCAGCAGAUGUGUUUUCAUUUGGCAUCACAUUGUUUGAGACAUUUAAAUGGGGUGAAGCUUACGAUAAAGAACGGUUCAGAUUUCCUUGGAAAAUCGCAGAGUUUAUCAUGUCUGGAAAUCGCCUUGAGAAACCAGAAAUAAUACCAGAUGAAAUAUACCAUUUUAUACAAAACUGUUGGUAUCAUCGUCCAACAGAUAGAAUUGAUAUUGAAGAGGUUGUUAAAACGCUAGAAUCUAUUAAAUCAUUGUGA